UCCCUCGUUCUGCCAUAACCCAAAGAAAUACUAAACCAGAAACCAACACAAUAGUUCAGAGUCAACAAUGGCUUCUUCUUCAGACACCAAGCAGAAGCAGCUCCCACUGAAACCAAUCCCAGGCAGCUACGGCCUCCCCUUCUUCGGUCCGAUCGGCGACCGCCACGACUACUUCUACCACCAAGGCCGUGACGCCUUCUUCGCCACCAGAAUAAAAAAAAACAACUCCACUGUCUUCAGAACCAACAUGCCUCCCGGCCCCUUCAUAUCCUCCGACCCUCGAGUUGUUGCGCUCCUCGACGGCGCCUCGUUCCCCAUCCUGUUCGACAACGACAAGGUCGAGAAGCGCAACGUCCUCGACGGCACUUUCAUGCCCACCACCUCCUUCACCGGCGGCCACCGUGUCUGCGCCUACCUAGACACCGCAGAACCUCAACACGCCGCGCUGAAACGCUUCUUCCUCGGCUUUCUCCUCUCCCGGAAGGACACCUUCGUCCCGCUCUUCCGUACCACGCUCUCGGAGACCUUCAUUGAGAUCGAGGACCAGCUGUCACGGAAAACCGGCACGGCCGGUUUUAAUGACGUCUUUGCUACCGCAUCGUUCAACUUCAUGUUCCGCCUCCUGUGUGACAACAAGGAUCCCUCGGAGACGAAGCUCGGCUCCGAGGGGCCCAAACUGUUUGACACAUGGCUGCUCUUUCAGCUAGCGCCGCUCGCGACGCUAGGCCCUCCGAAGAUCUUCAACUACCUCGAAGAUAUCUUGCUCCGCACGAUUCCCUUCCCGUCGUGGUUUACAAGCUCCGGCUACAAAAAACUCUAUGAGGCGUUCUCUACCUCAGCGGUGAAGGUGCUGGACGAGGCAGAGCAGGCUGGGUUAAAAAGAAGCGAGGCGUGCCACAAUCUUGUUUUCAUGGCAGGCUUCAACGCCUAUGGCGGGUUGAAGAACCAGUUUCCAGUUGUGAUAAAGUGGGUGGGUUUAGGAGGCAAGAAGCUUCACGAGGAACUUGCGAGCGAGAUCAGGAGCGUGGUGAAGGAAGAGGGAGGCGUAACAAUUCAAUCCUUGGAGAAAAUGAGUUUGCUGAAAUCAGUGGUUUAUGAGGUCCUGAGGAUUGAGCCCACGGUACCGUAUCAGUACGCGAAGGCGAGAGAGGACUUAGUUAUUCAUAGCCAUGAUGCUUCAUUUGAGGUCAAGAAGGGUGAGAUGUUAUUUGGGUUCCAACCGUUCGCGACGAAGGAUCCCAGGAUCUUUGAUGAUCCUGAGGAGUUUCUGCCGCGGCGGUUUGAGGGUGAAGGUGAGAAGUUGCUGAAGCAUGUGCUGUGGGGCAACGGGAAAGAGACGGAGGAGCCGUCUCCGGGGAAUAAGCAGUGUGCGGGAAGGAAUCUAGUGGUGCUCAUGUGCAGGUUGUUCUUGGUGGAGUUCUUCUUGCGUUAUGAUACGUUUGAAUUUGAGUUUAAAAGCAGUGCUUUUGGUCCUGCUGUUACCAUUAAGUCUCUCACCAAAGCCUCCACCUUGUGAUUUUAGAUCUUACAUUAUUCUCAUGCUUUCUUCCUCAUAUUCAGAACUACUAAGUGUUUGAUUCGGUUCACUUGCAAUUUCAUAAUGAAUUUGUUUAGAGUAUGAUUCAUUCGUACUCUUAUUUCACAAA